AUGAAAGAAACUCAAAGUGAUAUUUUUGAUUUGAAGAAUGAACUGCCAGAUUGGUUACAUGUUGAUUGGAUGUGUUAUAAUAGGUGUCCAGAACGUGUCACAGAUGAUUAUUCCUUACCAUCUGUACAGUACUCAUUACCAUCAGUCUUAAGACUGUCUAAUUUCAGUUUCAACGAAUAUUUGCUAUAUACGGAUAAUGGUAUCAGAACUGUUUUUCGACGUAUUCGAUUUUUAUAUCAGCAGAUUGUUUCUGGCACUAGCGAUGUAGCUAUCAUUGAUUUAGAUCGAUCAUUACAUUAUUUGACUGCCUUUGCUCAGAACACCGAAUUGAAAGGUGGUAUUGAAACUCUGAAUCGAAUCGCUCGAGAAUUCAAAUUCUUCCUUAUACAAGUCGGCACACUAAGUCAAUAUAUCACCCAUGAUGAUCUGUUCACAAAGCGUAAUGUGGAGACGAAUUACACUUUUCAUGCUUUGCUGAUCAUUUGGAUGAAAGCGCUUCGCCUUUCUAGUUGCUUUAAAAGGUUUGAUGGUUUCGAGAAAUUUUAUCCUAUGGGCGAUGAGUCCUCAUCUACGGAGCAGAUAUCUAUGUUGGUGAAGUACGGAUUACUUACGUGCGCAUCCCGUACAGGUCGACCUUGUGUUUGCGACUGCCUCACUGCAGCAUGGCAUCAGAUUAAUUCACUGAAUUCUGAGAUGUUUUGGUCAAGUAUGGUCAAGCUUCUUGGUCUGUGUACAGGCGACCUGAAUUACUAUUCACCCAGCAAUGUUUCGAGCGGCAAAGCAUCAACCCAUUAUGCAGAAUAUUUGCUGCGAAUCAGUGCAAAAGUGCCUAAUAAAAAAUAUAUGCUAAGGAAACUUUAUUACUUGUUCGAAAAUGAGGACAGUGACAUUUUUUUGGGAACAGAGUGUAUUUUGCAGUAUUUUUUCACGGACUUGUGUGCGAAGAUAAUGGAGUGUAAUCAAGACUUGGACUUUUAUCCAACCAGUGGAAAAAUGUGGAAAGAUUUCUUAUUUUCGUCUUCCUUUGCGGAAAGUGAGUAUCAAGAUAAUGAAUGGAUGCUGUUUAUCCGAUUGACAUUAUUGUUUAUCAAAAAAUCCAACUCAGUGUGGCGUGCAAUGAAAUCAAGAGUUUUUUCUAAAUUUCCAACCAAAAGGUUCCGCGAAAUGCCAAUCAAUUCCCUUAUUUGUAUAUUCAGUCUCUUCAUUGCAUCAUUACAUGGUGCAGACAUGAAGGAAACGUCCAGUAAGAUAAUUUUGUUGGCGACAACUGCUUUUGAUCCUUGUGAUAAAGAACGUCAUGAUGUGUUUAUUCGAGCAGUUCAAUGUAUUAAAUAUAUUCUGGAUGAAAGUCUUUGUGAUACUUCGCAAGUGAUUUCAACACUUAUUACAUUUAUGGAGAAGCUUGAUACCAAGAAAGAUAUCUCGUUGUAUGUCGAAUGUUGCUUGUGCAUUGGUGAUAAAAUAGUCGAGAUCAAUUCAUUAGUUCGCUUCUUGCCUUUUAUAAGUGAUUUGGAUGUGGAAAACUUUCUUCUUAUAACGGCCCGCUGCAGAACUGAAAAUAAUAUUUUGUGGAAUACAGCUAUCAAACGUCUUAAAAGUCCAAAUUUUAUCGUGGUGAUAAAUUACAUUGUUGAGCAGCUGGCUAUAAGAUUUGAACGCAGUCAGAUUCUAGCCGCUCAGAACAUCCGACUUGUCGUGCAAAAUUUAUUGGAUGAGAAAAAUUAUCGCUCAGACGUUUGUUCCCAUUUUUUGCGAGGAUUUCUAGAGAAAUUCAAGGAUACUACUUAUUCUGUUGAAUUGAUUGUUCCCGUUUGGUUAGCGGUUAGUCUGGAAAAUUUGGUAGCAGAUGAUAUAGAUGAUCUGUCGGCAUGUGUUUGCAAAAAUCUUAUUACUUCAUUUCGGAAAAAUGACUUGAACUUUGACUAUAAUGCAGAUGUCUCUUCUACAACUAACGCAGUCCGAUGGAUGCUCGAGACUGUUUCAAGGAAUUCGUCAAAAAGAUGGGUAAAUGAAGUUAUUGCUGGUUGGUCAGAAUUGUUAGUCUCACCUUUGCAAAGCAUUUUACUAAAAGCAGAAAGAACAACGACUAUGCACUGCUGUCGAAUAGCAUCAUAUUUAUACUUAUACUUAGCAAAACAAAUAUACAAACCCCCUUCAGAAUGUAACUUUAAUCGGUCACCAUUUGUACGGCUUUCAAAGCUUCUAUUACAAAAUGUGCUUUUGGUGCACGAUUUCCCACCGGCGUUCAUUCGCGAAGUAAUACCUAACUAUAUGCAAGGAUUGCUGUCGUUACCAAUACAUUCUGUUCCAUAUCUCUUGCGUGUUCUUUCUUAUAUACUUGAAAAGUACCUCGAUGAUAUUGUAUUGAAAGAAGCAUUCACAGACAUGCUAAAGAAAAAACCACAUCUAAUUAGCGCAUUGUAUGCAUCAUCGACUGUUGGCACAAAUUUGUUUAGUUUUGUUUCUCAUAUAAAGUAA